CCAAAAGACACUUUGCUAAGUGAUGAAAAAAAUUUUGAAUUAUCACAUCCUGAUCUCAGUUUAAGAAAUGAUAAGAAAUUUCUGAGUUGUCACAUACUAAUACUUCAAAUAGAAAACGUGGAAAGAUAUAGUACAGAACAACUUAUUAAUUUUUUACGAACAAAAAACUUAAAUCUCAACAAAACUGACUAUAAUAAAAUUCAUGAUCAGAGGGUCGCUAACUUCCUUCAAUUAACUAGGGAAAUACUUCGUGCUGAACCUUACAGAUUUCCUGAUGGACCAGCAAAAAGGGUCGCAACAUUAGUUGAUAGUUUGAAUAGAAAAA